CUUAAUCCCUGGGCGUCUGGGCCGGAUCAUCAACCCCUCCAAGCUCCUGUCUGCUCCGGCGACGGCGACGGCGACGGCGACGGGCCGCCGGUUGCCUUCCUCCUCCUCCGUCGACCAAGAUCCACCAACGCCAGCACCGCCUCCUCCUCUUCUUUCAGCUACUCGUCACAUCACCAAUUUCACACACAAUGGAUGGGCAAAGCAGAAAGCACAGGAUUUUGAUGGUGUCCGACUUCUUCUUCCCAAACUUUGGUGGUGUGGAAAGCCACAUCUAUUAUCUAUCGCAGUGCCUCCUUAAGCUUGGCCAUAAGGUUGUUGUCAUGACACAUGCAUAUGGAAAACGUUCUGGAGUACGAUAUGUUACUGGCGGCUUGAAGGUUUAUUAUGUGCCGUGGAGGCCAUUCCUGAUGCAGAAUACACUACCUACAUUAUUCAUGACAUUUCCAAUCAUAAGGACAAUUCUUAUUCGUGAGAGGAUAUCUGUUGUGCAUGGACAUCAGGCCUUUUCAACACUGUGCCACGAAGCGUUGAUGCAUGCUAGGACAAUGGGGUACAAAGUUGUCUUCACAGAUCACUCGCUUUAUGGUUUUGCUGAUGUUGGAAGCAUUCACAUGAAUAAGGUGCUGCAGUUUACUCUUGCAGAUAUUGAUCAGGCCAUAUGUGUGUCUCAUACAAGCAAAGAGAACACUGUCUUGAGGUCAGGGAUAUCUCCGGACAAAGUUUUCAUGGUUCCCAAUGCAGUGGAUACUGCAAUGUUUACUCCCUCCUCCAACCGCUUAAGCUGUGAUGAAAUCAUUAUUGUUGUGAUAAGUAGAUUGGUAUAUCGAAAAGGUGCUGACCUUCUUGUUGAAGUCAUUCCAGAAGUAUGCCGUCUAUUUCCAAAGGUUCGCUUUAUUGUUGGAGGUGAUGGUCCAAAACGUGUGCGGCUUGAAGAGAUGAGGGAGAAGUUCUCCCUUCAGGAUAGAGUUGAGAUGUUAGGGGCUGUACCUCAUGCUCAAGUACGAUCUGUUCUGAUAUCCGGUCAUAUAUUUCUGAACAGUUCGCUUACAGAAGCAUUUUGCAUAGCCAUUCUGGAAGCAGCAAGCUGUGGGCUUUUGACAGUAAGCACUAGAGUCGGAGGGGUUCCAGAGGUUCUACCAGAUGACAUGAUAGUACUUGCAGAACCAGAUCCAGAAGAUAUGGUACGGGCUGUGAGGCAAGCUAUCGACAUACUUCCUGGUAUAGAUCCCCAAAUUAUGCAUCGCCGGAUGAAAAAACUCUACAGUUGGGAUGAUGUGGCCAAAAGAACAGAGAUUGUCUACGAUCGUGCAAUGCAGUCAUCAAACACUAAUUUGCUAGAUCGUCUUCCCCGAUAUCUCACAUGUGGAGCUUGGGCAGGCAAGCUGUUUUGCCUCGUUAUGAUCAUAAAUUACCUUGUGUGGUGCCUUCUAGAAUUCCUGCAGCCUGCUGAAGGUAUUGAAGAAGUCCCAGAUAUAGGGCCACUGCACAUUCAUUCGGAUUCAGUAGAUGACCAGUGCGAAGCGCAACGAAAUUGAACUGUUUUGCAACCAUUGUGGCAUGGAUCAUAUUGGAGGUCGUGAUAUCUAUUUUAGGCUGGCUCUCACUCUGGAAUUUCUUUCGGUGUUUCCCGGUUCUGCAUUGACUGUUUUGGGAACAAGUCUUUGGCGAAUGAGAUAACUAUGAAAUCAUUUCGUCAUACCAAAUACUGGAAACAAUCGUGUUGCAUAAAGUUAAUGGUGUGAGUACUUAAUGCCAUUCCCAACUUUUCAUCUCA